CUCGCGCUUCCGGCGGCGGGAGGGACGCGUGGCCGCGGGCGGGGAGCGCUGCUUUCCGCGGGGGGUGCCGGGCAUGCUGUCCCUCCUGGUCAGGGCCGCCGCCACGGCCGCCCCGCUGCGCUCGCUGUGCCGCUCGUCCCUGUGCUCGCUGGCUCCGUGGGGACGGGCGGCGGGGCUGCCCGCGGCCUGUCCGACCUGGGCCCCGCCGCCGUGGUGGGCUCCCCGCGGGCUGCUGGCCGUGUUGCCGCCGCAGCUCGGGCCGCCACCGGCGGCCGGGCUGAAGACGAAGACGGCGCUGAGGAGGCGCUGCAAGGACUGCUACAUCGUGCGGCGGCGCGGGCGGCUCUACGUGUGCUGCAAGAGCAACCCCCGGCACAAGCAGCGCAAGGGGUAGCGCCGGCCGGGAGCCCGCAGCGCACAGAGCUGGCGCCGUGCUCGGCGGCCGGGCCCGGAGCCCCACGCUGGCCCGCGGCCUCCGGGAGCUGGCAGCUGGGGACACGAGUCCCGGAAUCGUGUGCCUGACAGUGUUUCAUCUUUGGAACACCGAGAGCGAGGUGCGGUCUUGGCGGCCCUGUCCGGAAUUUCAGGCCUUGGAUGCGGAGAGCUGAAGUGGGAAACAACAGGCUUCAGGAUCUCUUGUCGUCCGAAACGUGAAGCCUUAAAAUCACCGCGCUGUUAAAUUAGGAAGGGUGAAGCUGGAUCACUGGACUCUGAGGUGCAUUUGGGUUUAAUUAAGCAAAAUGAAAAUAAACUCCAUUGAUUUUCAUUAGAACUACAA